GUGACUCCGAAGGCGGCCGGCGAGCGGACGGGCUGUGGUGCUGGUGGCCAGCCGCGCCACGCUGCGGAAGCCGCCGCCUCGCACCGCCGCACCAUGUCCGGCCAGCUGGAGCGUUGCGAGCGCGAGUGGCAUGAGCUGGAGGGAGAAUUUCAGGAACUGCAGGAAACCCACAGGAUCUACAAGCAGAAGCUGGAAGAGCUGACCUCACUCCAGACUUUGUGUAGCAGCUCUAUCAACAAGCAGAAAACACGACUAAAGGACUUGAAGCACACACUCCAGAGGUACAAGCACCAUGCCAGUCGGGAGGAGGUAGAGCUCAUUCAGCAGAUGAGUGCCAACAUCAAGGAGCGGCAGAAUAUAUUCUUCGACAUGGAGGCCUACCUGCCCAAGAAGAAUGGGCUCUACUUAAAUCUGGUCCUUGGCAAUGUGAAUGUGACCCUUCUCAGCAACCAGGCCAAAUUUGCUUACAAGGAUGAGUAUGAGAAGUUCAAGCUCUACCUGACCAUCAUCCUGCUCCUGGGUGCUGUGGCGUGUCGCUUUGUCCUUCACUACAGGGUGACGGACGAAGUUUUUAACUUCCUGCUGGUGUGGUAUUACUGCACCCUGACAAUUCGGGAGAGUAUUCUCAUCAGCAAUGGCUCAAGAAUUAAAGGCUGGUGGGUGUCUCACCAUUACGUGUCCACUUUCCUCUCUGGAGUGAUGCUGACCUGGCCUAACGGAUUAAUUUAUCAGAAGUUUCGCAAUCAGUUUUUAGCAUUUUCCAUUUUUCAGAGCUGUGUCCAGUUCCUGCAAUAUUAUUACCAGAGGGGCUGCCUCUAUCGGCUGCGGGCUCUGGGGGAGAGGAAUCAUCUGGACCUCACGGUGGAAGGGUUCCAGUCCUGGAUGUGGCGGGGCCUCACCUUCCUCCUGCCUUUCCUGUUCUGUGGCCAUUUCUGGCAGCUCUACAAUGCCGUCACGUUGUUCGAGCUCUCCAGCCACGAGGAAUGCAGAGAAUGGCAGGUGUUCGUGUUGGCGCUCACUUUCCUCGUCCUCUUCCUUGGCAAUUUCCUGACCACACUCAAAGUCGUGCACGCGAAACUUCAGAAGAACAGAAACAAAGGGAAGAAGCUGUGAGCCAAGGGACCUGUGCAUCUCCAUCCCCCGGGGUUCAAGACUGCAGGGCGUUCCAGCUGGCACCUAGCUGCCCAUUCUCUCCCCACAGUGCCCUUGGCCACCGACAGCAGCCACCUCAGGGGCCAGCGCAUCGCUGGCAGAAGGGCCAAGGCCCUGGCCCCUGGUGGACAAGAGGAAUGUGACCCCCGCUCGUCUGCACAAUGUCAGCCUGCCCCAGCCUAUUUAUGACAUAUUUAAUACGGGGUCCUCCCGACUGCCCUGGAACCCACAGUCUUCCCCGCUGCCCUCUCGUGGCUGAGACUGGGUCAGUCUUCCUGGGCGGGGGCCUGAAGCCUCAGGGAGCCCCUCAGGUCUGAGUUUGGAUGUGCCUCGCUGGGGUGCCGACCUGCCACUUACUGAGUCUGUCCCCAGCCGGUGGAAGGAAAGCCCUCAGCGUCCUGUGGAGCCUCCCUCUGGGGCGAACAGCUUCUGCUGUAAGCUCUCUCGGCCUCCGCUGCUCUGUGGUGGGGUAUUUAAGUUCUCGGAGAACCAC